AUGUCACCGCUGCUCUUUGUUCUCGCUGUCUCCAUUGCCGUCAUCGCUCCUGCUACGAGUGCUAGUGUUCGCGGUCCUAAAUCUCUGGUGUCUCUUCCGAUUGCCAGGCGAGUUGCUGUCACGGGGAUUGCUAACAUCCUCAAAUCCAACCAAGCUCGAGCGGCGCAGUUGCGCUCGGGAACUCUGGGAGGGCGCAACAAGGAUGUUUGCAAACGAGACGGAGUUGAUACCUUGACUGUCGACACUGGGAGUUCGAACACCUGGGCUGGCGUGGGAACCGCCUACAAGAGAACUAGUAGAACGAAGCUAGCAGGAAACCUUGUGUCGAUGAUUUGUUACGUGUCAUUCGCUUUCGUAGGUACAGAGGUGACCGACACUGUAUCGCUCGGUAAUAACUUGACGAUCAAUAACCAGUCGAUCGGCGACGCCUACUCUACCCAAGGAUUCACCGGAACGGACGGUAUUCUCGGAAUCGGCCCUACCAACCUUACAGAAGGGAUGCUAUUCCCGGCUUUGACCUCGAUUGUACCAACCUUCACGGACAACCCGUUCUCGCAGGGCGUCAUUUCUGCUCACGAAGCGAAUGCGACUAACGGAGAACUGACGUUCCGUGGGACGCAUUCGAGCAAGUAUAACGAAAGGCUCAACUAUGUACCGCUGACGACGUCUGCACCGGCGAAUCAGUAUCGGGGGAUCGACCAGUCCGUGGCGUACGGCAACACCACGAUCUUGUCGCAGACGGCGGGGAUGCUCGAUACGGGGACGACCUUGAUCCUUCUCGCAACUGGUAAUUCACAUGAACAACGUUAUGGUAAUCGUCGGCUAAUGCCGGAGCCUUUAUCGGAUGCGCUGAAUGCCCAUACAAACGCGACUGGAGCGACCUAUGACGAAACGACGGGGCUCUAUACGCUCACCGCCUCUCAGUAUGCAAGUCUCGAGAGCCUGUACUUCAACAUCAAUGGCAUCGGUAGGACAGCGGAUAACAUCUAUCUCAUCGUAGGCGAUAUGGGAUCCACAUCUGGCACGGGUCUUGGUUUCAUCAACGGCUUCGCGUUUCUGGAGAGGUACUACACAGUCUUUGAUACAGCUGGACAGCGGAUAGGACUGGCGACCACCUAUACGAGCGCGGAAAUUAACUAG